UUCACCAUCGUCAUCCAUCUUAAAUACAUUUCUCCGACUUUCUCUUCGUUCGAUCGCAGAUAUCGUACUGUAGAAGAAGAAGUUGUAUAGUUAAUAGAAAUUCGAAUCUAGGUCUUCCCCUAAUCGUCUUUUUCUUCUCUAUUCUCGCGAGUAUAAUAUAAACCUCUCUUAGUUAGUUAUUUUUUUUUUUAUUUUUUUUUUCAAUUCUGAAUGUUCUGUGGUGAUUCCGCUAUUAAUUAGGGGUUCCAGUGGUAACGAUAAUCCAGUUUUCGAAAAUUGAGUCGGUAGAGGUUAGGGAUAAAGAUGGAUAUAGAGGAAGUUCAUAAAUUGGAUCCCGAGCUCUUGCAGCUUCCCACCGGUUUAUCGGUUAAAUCAAACCCUCUUAUCGCUGAGGAACUCUUCUCCCACUGGCUUUCCCUCCCCGAUACUAGCCGAUUGGUCAAGUCUUUGAUUGACGAUACCAAAUCUAGUACACCAGUCAGCAUAUCCAAGAACUGUGCCAAUCUCAAUAUUGCUUGCGGAAGUGCCUUGCCAUCUCUGUUUCUCAACAGCGGCACUCCCCCUCUUUCCCCUCGUGGCUCUCCCCGUUUCUCCAGGCAAAAGACUAGCCCUUUCUCUCUGCAGUCCCCUCUCAGAUCUCUCAGGGAACCAAAGCCCCAACUCAUCCCUCAGUUUUACUUCCAACAUGGCCCUCCUCCUGCAAAAGAACUCCAGGAGCAAUGCUUAUCCAUGGUUGAUCAUCUUUUUAGUGACUUUAUUGACGGUCUUCGUAUGGAUGAGUUCAAAACCGUUACGAAAGAAGUCUGCAAGCUGCCUUCUUUUCUUUCUUCUCUACUUUUUAGAAAGAUAGAUGUGGAUUCCACCGGUAUCGUUACCAGGGAUGCAUUUAUCAAGUACUGGGUUGAUGGACAUAUGUUGGCAAUGGACGUAGCCUCACAGAUAUAUAAUAUUUUAAGGCAGCCAGGCUGCGAGUACCUCAGACAGGCUGACUUCAAACCAGUUCUUGAUGAGCUACUAACAACUCAUCCUGGCUUGGAAUUCCUGAGGAAUACACCUGAAUUUCAAGAAAGAUAUGCCGAGACCGUCAUCUACAGAAUAUUUUACUACAUAAACAGAUCGGGAACUGGUUGCAUUACUUUGAGAGAGCUGAAGCGUGGAAAUCUUGUUGCUGCUAUGCAACAAGUUGAUGAAGAAGACGACAUCAAUAAAGUUAUUAGGUACUUUUCCUAUGAGCAUUUCUACGUCAUCUACUGCAGAUUUUGGGAACUCGAUGGAGACCAUGAUUUCCUUAUCGAUAAGGAAAACCUCCUCAAAUAUGGUAACCAUGCCCUUACCUACAGGAUUGUCGACAGAAUAUUUUCACAGGUCCCAAGGAAAUUUACUAGCAAAGUUGAGGGGAAGAUGAGUUAUGAAGAUUUUGCAUACUUCAUUCUCGCUGAGGAGGAUAAGUCAUCUGAGCCUAGUCUUGAGUAUUGGUUCAAGUGCAUAGACCUGGAUGGAGAUGGGGUGAUCAGUCCCAACGAAAUGCAGUUUUUCUAUGAAGAGCAGCUGCAUCGCAUGGAAUGCAUAACCCAGGAACCUGUUCUCUUCGAGGAUAUCCUGUGUCAAAUAUUCGACAUGAUUAAACCUGAGAAGGAGAACUGUAUCACACUCAAGGAUCUGAAAGCAUCAAAACUUUCUAGAAAUGUUUUCAACAUACUCUUCAACCUGAACAAAUUCAUGGCGUUUGAAACCCGUGACCCCUUUCUCAUUCGCCAGGAGCGGGAAAAUCCAACACUGACAGAAUGGGACCGGUUUGCUCAAAGAGAGUAUGUGAGGUUAUCAAUGGAAGAAGAUGAAGUCUCGAAUGGGAGUGCAGAUGUUUGGGAUGAACCACUCGAAUCUCCAUUUUAAUGACCUCAAUAAGAGCUUCUGGGGAAAGACGAAGGGGUCAGAUCUUCUUAGCCGGUAACAGCCUUGGAAACAACUAUCAAAGCAGGUAGGUCCCUUCCACCUACCGAUUGGAGAAAAACGAGGCUUCUCCAAGAGAGGUUGUGUGUGUUAUUUCAUGAAAUAUUUCUCUUGCUUAGGUUUUCAAGGUUGAACCCUUUUUUCAGUCUUUGUACAUUAUACAUCGGUUUAUAAGUUUUUGUGGAAUCAAACAAUGAUGGUUGAACUAUGUAUAAAAGAGACUUUUCGUGCGUA